UUCGAAGAAGGCUGGGACGCUCUGUUUUAGAAAAUUGUGUGGAAUUUAUCAAGUGUCCAAAACAGUUCAAAAUAAAUUUGAUAAAUUAGUGGAUUGAAUCAUCCUCGAGCUGUCCUCGACUUGUCCCAAGAUUUAUCCUGCACAGAUUCAGUAUUCGCGAUGGUGAAAGGCCGAAGAAAACGAACGACCGCCCCAAGCUCGAUCCACACACGAUCAUCAGCUACAAACGGAGCAAAUGGAGUGAUAGCAUCUCCCAUGAGAAAAGGAAUCAAACGCGAGAAGAAAAUCGAUAGUAAAGCGAGAGAAGCGAGUCCUGGAACAAGGGGAAUUGCGUCGUACCUCUCGCCCCCACCACCUGCUAUUUUAAAUGGAGAAAGGACAAAGACUGUGCAGCACGUGAAUACGCUUAUCAUCCAACAGAAUGAUUUAUAUGUAACAGAUAUUCCGGUGAAAACCGAGACCGAAGACUUGGAGGACUUUACAUCACCCAUCAAAGAACUAUUCAAGACAGAUGAGACACCGGUUUAUGUACCAUGUGGAGAUCCACCAACUCCACACCGUAUCAAUAUGCCAAAUGUACAAAAUGAUGAUUCAGACACGAUCAUUUCCAGAGAUGAUGAUAAAAAACACUUGAUUGUUUCACCUCCAGUGAUUAAAUCUGUGGGGAGAAAAAAUGUUGGAGGUGCCAGGGGCAAGCUCAAGGCCAAUGGAGGCACUCAUCAACGUUCAAAUGAUUUUAAUAUAGCCAGCCCCAAUCACAAAGUCACUGAGUACUUUCCGGUUAGAAGAAGCGUUCGAAAAUGUAAAAAGACUGUUUUAGAGGAGAAACAACGAGAUGUCGAGAGCAAAGUCAUUCGUCAAGUGGAGGAAGGCUUGCAGAAGGAGCAUUUUGUGGGUAAAGGACGAGGAGUGGUUACCACUCGUGAAUUUGCAAAAGGUGAAUUCGUUGUGGAGUAUAUUGGAGAGCUCGUCGAUCAAGUGACUGCGAAGAAACGUGAGGCUGAGUAUGCGAAAGAUCAAAGCACUGGCUGUUAUAUGUAUUAUUUUCAACAUCGUGGGCAUCAGUAUUGUGUGGAUGCAACAGCUGAGAGUGAUAAACUGGGAAGACUCGUUAAUCACUCGCGUAAUGGGAAUUUAAUAGCACGAGUCGUUGAAGUUGACGCAAUACCACACCUUGUGUUGACGGCUAAGGAAGACAUACCAAAAGGCGUUGAAGUGACAUAUGAUUAUGGCGAUCGCAGUCGAGAGUCCAUCAGAAAUCAUCCGUGGCUUGCCUUAUAACCCCUCAUCCAUCAUUAUAGAUAAUUAUCGAGAUGCUCUAAUCACAUCACUCCUCAUCUAUUCCCUUACGUCGUAUUCCGGUGAUUCAAGAUAAUGUUUCUCUCUUCACGUCUAGAUAGAUUUUCACUGCCUUUAAUAAUAAUUGUUACGGUUUAUUAUUAUUUUGUUGUUCGAAUGGAUUCUAUGGGGGCAAGACAGUAAGAUUGUGACUAUUCAUAUUGAAUUUUGUAUUGUGAUUCGUGCGAUGAGAUCUGGUCUGUUACAGAACCUUCGGAGAUUUUGGGAGUUAUCGAAUGUGACGAAUAUUAUUUAAUAGGAAAAACGAAUAAUUAAUUCAUUUAGUAUUUUAAUAGUUUUCCAGGAAUACUUCUGGUUCUAAUCGCAUAGCAAAAAUUUUAGUGGAAUCGUUUUUGUAGCUUCCAUUCCACUUUACAGGUACAGUAAUGUGAAAAAUUCCGAAAUAUUUUUCUUGCAGUAUUCUGCAGAUACUCAAAUAACUUGUUAUACAGUGAAAACGUCUUAUUCAUACGGAUAACUAGCUCAUGAAUAUGGAACAUGGCAUUCUUGAUUGAGAACAAGAUGAACGUAGUAUUAUAGACCAUCGGGUAUUUAUUGAACAAGGAUUGCUUGUUUAAACGCAUAUCCUCACUUUUAACCACCCAAUCUAAUAUUAUUUUAAUCCACAUAUUUCACGGCUAGAUACGAAAAUCGAAGCCGAUGAUUAAUUUUAUCACUAGUACACUGCCAAAAAAAUCAUGCUGCGGAGAUAAAAAAUUAUUGUUGAAUGUAAAUGUGUGGAUCUCCCCCUGGACACAUUUAUUCUGGAUAUUUAUAGUUCAUGUGGAAAUGUAUUGCCCACUACUGACACAUCUCAUUUAGUUAAUUACAUCAAUUGCUUCUUUGUUCAUAGUGUAGGAGUAAAUUAAUUGACAGAGCAACGCCUCUCAUACUGCCUCGAAACACCUAGGAGUUCGGGAAUAGAAUGUUAUAUGAAAAAUCUCUGCCAGCGAAACAUGUUCAGAUCUCGGAGCUAAAUUGUAAAUAAAGAAUGGAGAUCUGGUGUAUGACGAAUAUUUUAUUCAGGAAUUUGGGGGUAUCUCUGAAAAGAAUUUUAUACAGGGGGCUUUUAACUUAGACUAUUUCUUCAAAUAAAUAUAUUGUUCUCCGGUGAAUUCACGAUUACGUGUGGAAUAUCUUACUGGAUGCCUGUCGCUCUGGGAAAAAUUAUGUUUUGUCAAAUAAAGUAUGAAUGUAAUAAAGGGAUUCGGUGAAAAUUUUU